AUGGCCGACCAACACCUAACCAGCACACAAUAUGGCAUGGACACCGAGCAGCACACAAGCGAGCUUGGGAAUUGCUUGAAGGCGGAGACCUGCAGCGGCUCCUGUAACAAGCCACAUGCUUGCCCCCACAUCCAUGAGAGGGAAACCACCAAACCAGGCUUCUACGCAAGCCACUCACCGACCCGGGAACCGGUGCACGGCACAGCUCGUCUCCAUCCCUCCAAGUCACAGUCAAAUUGGGGAGCCGCAAAGCUGCACACUCUGCUAAAUGCCACUGGAGCUGAGUCCCGGUCCAGGGGCGCCUCUGCAGAGACAAACACCAAUGGCAAGAGACACGUCAAUGCACAGGGCAUCGGCUGA